UGACAAGUGCAGGAGGAGGAGGAGGAAGAGGAGGAGGGCGGAUCCUGCCUCACAGGAGCCUUCAUGUCCCUGGCAGAUGUUAUGCUCCAUUUAUGUCCUGUCACCAAAAACACCGUCCACUUAAAUCAUUUCCUCCGGAUUUUAGUAUGAAAGUACGUAAAUCAUUUUCCCGCAAUUAACAUGAUGAUAUUAUAACAAUUUGAUUUAAUAAAACGGCCAAAGUACGAAGUUAAUAUGAUACGUUACAGGAGGUACCUGAAUGCAUCACUUUAUCCUUUAUUUGCCGGUGAGUAGCGCCCCCACGCGGACAGAAGCGGAGUCACAUGCGUUAAAAAAGCGUGAAGUGCGCAACAGCUCUUUAUUUACCGCCUGUGCGAACUCGAGUCAUGGACAGAGGCGAAGUUGUGGUCGUUACCGGGUUUGGAGCGUUCAGGGAGUUUUUGGUGAACCCGAGCUGGACGGCAGCUCAGGGGUUGAAGUCAGUCGGACUGGGGGAGUGGACUGUUUACGUCAAGGAGUUACCUGUGAGUUACGUUAAGACUCAGCAGAUUAUUACGGAAAUAUGGAAAACCAUAAAGCCAAAGUUGGCUGUACACCUGGGCGUGGCCAGAGGUUCCGGUGUCAUCAUCCUGGAACAAUCAGGGAAGAACUGCCACUACAGGGACAAAGACGUGUGUGGUUUCUGUCCCGAGAGUCACUGCUGCGUUCAAGGGGGACCGGACCAACUGGACUCGGUCAUUGACAUGAGGGCCGUCGCCAGGCGCUUCCAACGAGCAGGGGUGGACGUCGUGUACUCCAGAGAUGCUGGAGGGUAUCUGUGUGACUUCGCCUACUACCUGUCGCUGUACCACGGUCAGAGGAGAGCAGCCCUCAUCCACGUGCCGUCAGGCGGCGGCCCGGCCUCGGCCCACAGGCUGGUGCCUCUGCUGCAGAGCAUCAUCCAGACGGCGCUCUGUCAGCUGGACUCCUCACAAACAGCAUGAGCUGAGCCGCACCCCACAAAAGGGCUGCAUAUCAGUCAGGGGAGGAGCAUGGACGGGUACAAUAAGGUGAUUAAAUGUCAUUUAUUGUCAUUUGGAA